AUGGAUCUGUUCGGAGAUAUAGAUGACAUUUCUUCAGAGAGUGACAAGGACACCCAAGUGCCUAUUCCAGGGCACCCUGUUGUGAGUACACUCUGCCAUUCUGAUUCUUCUCAGGGUAAACGUGGAGCACCUCAGGACCAGCAGGCGGAAGAGUCCACUUCUGAAAGCAGAAUAGAAGUUGAAAUUCCCAGUAUCAACUCUGAUUUGGGAAAUGAAUUACAUUUUGUUAAAUUACCCAGGUCUCUCAGAAUAGAACCCAAACCUUUUGAUCCUCAGCUUUAUGAAGAUGAAUUUGAAAAUGAGACAGUGCUUUAUGAGGAAGACAGGACCAGGUUAAAAUUAAAGGUGGAAAAUACCAUACGUUGGAGGGUACGUCGGGACAAAGAAGGAUAUAAAAUUAAAGAAAGCAAUACUCGGAUAGUCAAGUGGUCAGAUGGAAGCAUGUCCCUGCAUUUAGGCAGUGAAGUGUUUGAUAUUUAUAAAGUUCCACUUCAGGACAAUCACAACCAGCUGUUUAUAAGGGAAGACACUGGUCUGCGAGGACAAGCCAUCUUUAAGUCUAAACUUACCUUUAGACCUCACUUUACAGACAGUGCCACAUAUAGAAAGAUGACCCUGUCACCUGUGAACAGAACUUCAAAGACACAAAUUAGAAUCCUGCCAAUGGCUGGUCAUGAUCCUGAGUGUCUACAUACAAAAAUGACCAAGAAAAAGGCACACUUGGGGAUGUCUGCUCACCCAACCUUCCAUCUGCAGAAGAUGCACAACCAGCAAGGCCCAAGUUCCCCUAUCCAGGAUCUUGACAGUGAUGAGCAAGUGGAAGGUUUGUCGUGGGAGUCAUGUAUCCAGUUUCUGACUCUGUCAACCUUCACAGCUGUGGGCGUGGUCAAGAUUACUGUGUGA